GGAGCGCGGCCGAGCCCGUGUCCGUGCCCGGUGUCCCCUGUCCGUGUCCGGCUCCCUGUCCCCGUGAUGACUCUGGAGGAGCUGCCCGGGGAGCGCCGCGCCGCCGGGAGGAUGGAGCAGGCGGGGGACGCGCUCCAGGAGGUGCUGAGCAAGGCGCUGAGCCAGCGGAGCCUCACCCUGGGCGUCUACGAGGCGGCCAAGCUGCUCAACGUGGACCCCGAUAACGUGGUGCUGUGCCUGCUGGCGGCCGAGGAGGAGGAGGCGGGGGACGCGGCGCUGCAGAUCCACUUCACUCUGCUGCGGGCCUUCUGCUGCGAGAACGACAUCAACAUCCUGCGCGUCAGCAACCCGGCCCGCCUGGCGGAGCUGCUGCUGCCCGCCGCGGGCCCCGACCCGCCCGCCGACCUGCACUGCGUGCUGGUCACGAACCCGCAGGCGUCGCAGUGGAAGGACCCAGCGCUGAGCCAGCUGAUGUGUUUCUGCCGGGAGAGCCGCUACCUGGACCAGUGGGUGCCCGUGAUCAACCUCCCCGAGCGGUGACCCCGGCGCAGCUGCCAAAAUUCUCUUUGCACUUGGCUCAGGAAGCGACUCCCAGCCCCGGCUCCAGCAUCCCGCGGGGAGGGGAAAAAAAAUAAAAAUACAAACCC